AUGGAGACCGAGGAGGGAGACACUCCAGCAGAUGUGAGGUGUGUCGUGCCUGCGAAAGGGGACAGGCCGGAGGGAGGCCACAUUGAUCCUAUUGACGAGGGUUUCUUCCAGGUUAACCAGAUCGACCCCAUCCAUGAUGUAAACGCUUUAGCCAUCACAGAAAACACGACCCCCUCGGGGGAAGAGAAGAGCGGGGGGAAUAGUACCACCCACACAGGGGGGAUAAAAAUUGGAAUCAACAAAAGGGAUUACGAUUUGUACAUUAGUCAGCUGAAGGAUAAGGGGGUGAAAGAUGUAGAAACAAAUAACGCAGGACAAAUGAGAAGUAGCAUUGGUGAAGGAAAAAGCAACGAAUACGACUCAGACUAUUGUGAUAUAAAGAACUUGGACGGGAGCACCACGGAAUGCUUCGAUGAUGGAGACGCAUGUAAUAAAAGAACAAUGAACACAAUUAUAAGUAGGAUGGACAGUGACCUCACCAACACGGAAGAUGCUCUGAGCAAGGUUAAUGAUAACAGUACCACCUACAUGAGCAAUGAAAAUAAUAUAUGUCUUGUGAACAAUGAGGCAGACGUUACGGACCACACCAACUUCAACCCUAGUUUUGAGUUCGAUGAGAUGGUAGGCCCAACGGAUAAGACCACCUACGUAGAAAAUUGCGAUGGUGUUCAUUUUUUUAAAAAUGGAGAGGCACGUCAGAUUCAAUGUACAGCCGGCGAGGAUGGAAGUGAUGAUCGAAGCGGCAAUUUUGCGGAGCAUAUUGUCAACCCCGAAAUGAACAACACAAUGCCUCUAACCAUCGCGCAACCGUUUGGCGAAACGGAACAGAAAAGCAAAGAGGAUAAAAUACCUAAUCCAGUGAACCCUAAUUUUUGUGAUCAACCCCAUCUGAGCAAACUACAAGAAGUGGUGCACAACAACUACGCCUUUGUGGACAAUAAAGAAUUAUCAACCCAGUUGGGUACCUUUUGCAGUAGAAUUCAAAAUGAUGAAGGGGCGACCUCUGUAGGAGGGGGACCACUCUACCAGCUUAACGGUGAAGGAGAAAUAGAAGCAACAGGGAAUUUACACGACGAGACGGCUUUUCUCGCCAGUACGCACCUGUAUGAGGGGAAAGAUGCACACCAGAGUGACCUGUCUGUGAGACCGACAACUGCACAUGGUGAGCAUCACGUCAACGCAGCGACCCAUUUUUACAUCCAAGGGGGAAUAGAUCAGGGAGAGGACAACGGAAAAAUAUCGGAGCUGCCAAAUCAUUUUGGAGAAAAAAUCACAAGUAAGGGUAAAGAGAACGGCGAAGAAGAAUUACGUACUGAUUCGGAGGAUAAAAAAUUUUUAUUUCAACAGAGGGAGCAAAGUAAUGUGCAUGUGAGUAGCCACUAUCACCAUCUCUAUGAAGACAUUCAUAGGGACACCACUGAGGAGAGCCGUUUGCGCAUGACGAGCAACGGCAUCAGCGACGGAAAUGGAAGCGGCAACGUGGUUUGCUCCAGUGGAGAAAUACACGCAGAAAAUCAUGGCGCCCAGCAGCCAACCCCACCACAAGACGGGGGCAAUACACAUGAUGUGUAUAACGAAACUUUUGCCAUGCCUAAAAAGGUGGGAAGACGGGCAGGAAGGAAAAGUAAAAGUUGUGUCAAUAGGUCUGGAGAGUCUAAUGGUGAUACAAAGGGGGGAGCACGAAUUAGUUUGAAGUCCUCUGGUGCGUGUGACGUCAAUGCCACAGCCGACUGCACAACCGACUGCACUGCAGAGUGUGCAACAGACCGUGCAACAGACCGUGCAGCGGCGGGCGAACACCAAAUGAAUGACCCGACCCUUGGUCAGUCCAAACAUAAUGAACAAGAGGAACAGCCAAAUGGUGACGACCCAGGAAGGGCAAAGAAUGAACAUACGAAUGAGACAUACCCUAGGAGACCCCUCAGAAAUGCCGCAAAAAAAUGCAUUCAUUUAUGGUCAGAGGAAUUAAAGAAAAAAAGCGAAAAGCAUAAUGCUGCUUUGGAGAGGAACAAAAAUAUGAGUGACCAAAGGAAGGAAGAGAGGGCCAUGCGGAGAAAAGAGAAAGUAAUAAAAAAUGGGUCUAAAGUAAUUCUCAGGGGAGGAUUGGGGAAGGGAUACGGUGGAAGAGGUUGGGCCAGAGGGGAAGCCAAAAGGGAUGCGAAGUUUUACCAGGAUGGUGCCAACGGGAUUGAUCAUGUAGGGGAAGAACAGGGAGCACAGUAUGAGCAGCAGGAAGGAGAAGUACAAGCAGGCGAAGUACAUGGAGUAGAGGAAGGCGCUGAAGGAGUGAAUGGCAAGAUGUACUGUGAAGAAGGACAGGAAGUCGUUCAUCACCGACGGGCAAGGGGAAGGCCACCCCAACGAACGGGAAGUCACACAGACCCGAAGGUACGAGAAAGGAACCAAGCAAAUGAAGCUUACAUGAGUGGCCAAAUCAAGCCAGAACAACUCAACCCUGAUACAAACGAAAGAGGAACAAAAGGAGGAAGGAAAAAAAACGACUUGUCUUCUUCCUUAGGACAAGAACACGAUAGCAACAUCCCAAUCCUGUUUAAUGACUCCAUGGAUGAAAGAGAAAUGUUUAAAUAUCUCGACCUGUUGAGACACCUGCCAAGUAAGAAGGGAGGUGCACAGUACAAAUUGCACAAGGCUAUAUUAACAGAAGAAAUGGUUCGAAGGGCAAAAAAAUUCCCACUCGUGCAGGGAGUAUACUUUGACCGGUACCAACAAAGAUGGAGUGUCAAUUGGAAUGAAGAUGGAAAGAGAGUAGCCAAAUAUUUCCCCAUUAAAUUAUUUGGGUUCGAUUAUGCAAGGAGGUUGGCCAUCUAUUGUAAAAAUUUUCAAAAGAUUCCUGAGGAGGCACUUAUAUUUGAGCAGGCCUACCGGGCCAGCCAGCAGAGCAGCAAGCAGAGGAGUGACCAUGCGGAGGGCGCCAACGUUGCUGUUAGCGAGAUGGGCAGCGGCAAUGGCAGCGGCAAGCUCAGACGGGGAGGACCCAGGAAAGGCUACAAGAAGAGGGGUCUCCGAAAGCAGGAUAAUUUGAACGAAGACAAGACGAGCAGCGGAUGUGGCAAGAGGAGAAAAAAUAUUAACAAUUAUCAGGGUGGGGAGAUGGGCAGCACAAUGAGUGAAGGUCAGGGGGACAACCAAGUUGCCAACCAAGGUAUGCACCACGGCGGCGACGAAGGUGGCAACCGCGCCCCAGGAAAAGUCUCCUCGAGUAACUACCCCCUGUGUAGCAAUUACUCCGGUAGUGCGAACAGCGGUGUGGGUAGCGGCCUGAGUAGCGGUGUCAGCAGCGGUGAGAAGAAGGAUCCCAGUUACAGAAGCGACGGGGGCGCGAAGGACAUGGAGUACAGCGGCCCUCCCAAGGGGACCCCCUACUUUCCCGGUGGCAGCCUGCCCAGUUCGCAAGGCGUCGGCGGGGAGUACACGGGCAGCAUGAAUCCCCAGCAUAACCUGCAACACGUGCAACACAUGCAACACAUCUGGGGGGGCCUUGGAAACGUGAACGCACCCGCCGCACGGAACGCUGGUGGUCGGGACAAACAGUAUGUGCAGGGUUACCUCUUCGAGGGGGACUUCCAAAAUGGCGACAUGGCCAAGCAGCAUGACCAUCCACAUAGCGGCCUCCCCAGUGGCGCCCCUUUUGGCUGUACACCGAACCAGCCAAAUGAAGGGUCGAAUAGUGUGAACCCUAGUACAGACCAUGUGAAGGAAGAACAGAAGAACCUCGCACGUGUCGACGCCAGUGCUGACCGAAGCGACCUGGAAAACAUGAUGCUCAUGAGACAGAAGAUGAUAAUGCUUGAACAAGGAACACCAGCGAAUGCGAACAAGUACAUGCCAUUUGCAAAUGCAACCAUGGGAUUCCCCAUCGCGCACUCCAGUAACGAAAUGAGACGCUUCGGAAGCGGAGAGACUCCUUUGGAUGGAGACAAGAGGAUCAUUUCUAUGCAUAACGUGGUGGGCAGUGGUGUGAACAACGCGAAUGAAAAUGAUAAGCAAUUGAGCAGCAAUGCCUUGCCUCAGACAAUGAUGGGGAAUAAUUCAACUGUAGAAAAUGAAAAAAAAAAAAAAAAAAGAGGAAGAAGAAAAAAAGGGGAGUCAAAAAAGAAUCAUUUUGUAUACACAUCAACAGGGACAUCUUCUUCCUUUAAAUCAUCCUCCUCGCACAUGUCCUCCACCUCCUCAUGCUAUAAAAAUAUUGAAAUGCAUUUGUCUUCUAAUGGGCCUUUGCAUGAUAUAGGGGAGGCGCACAGCAGAUGGAGAAAAGGGGAACGGGAAAACACAACAGACGCGGCCGCAGCAGACGCCGCACAUAACUCCAGUUACAAUGAUGACAGGGGUAAUAAUUAUUAUACCACGAAUGAGGACGGAAGACAGGGAGAUGCUGCAACCAUUCAGGUGGUUGAGGAAGAUAAGGUCAGCAGGGCCAACUUGAUGGAAGGCAGGGGUGAUGCAAAUAAUGAUAGCUGCUACCUGCAUGUGGGAACAGGACCAUCUCGAGUGGAACAAGUGCCAGAGGAGGGGAAGGAAGAGCAAGAAGACGACAAUGAUAACGAUUAUGACCACAUGGACGACAAUGACGUGGACGACGAGGCUGGCGGCGACGACGCAGGACGAAACGUAUCCCCCCAAGGUGCAGCCCGCAGCACAGUGGACGGAGGUCGGAACGAAGAACAGGUUGAGAAUGAUGGAAACAAAAUGGAAGACAUACUAAACAUAAACAAGUACAGUGAGAUAGUGAACGGACUAGAUAAUUAUAACCUCAUGAGUAGGAUGAACCAGAUGGGUGUCAAAGUGGAAAGGGAAUUGAUUCCCUUUGGAGGAGGGCUAAAUUUGAAGAGGGAGAAUACGCAGGGAGCGAGUAAGGACAGGUUAAAGGAGGAAGUACACCAGGGGGAAGAAGUCACCGUAGGAGAAAUUCCCAACGGGGGAGACAUCACCCAGGAGAACAACCCCGACGACAUAAACUCAAGAAUUGUAGGUGUCCAUUAUGACAGGAAGCAAUAUAGAUGGAAGGCCACCUGGUACACCUCACACGGAAGGAGAUGUGCCAAGUACUACCCCAUAAAACAGUAUGGCUAUUUGGAAGCGAAAAAAAUGGCCAUAGAAUGUAGGAGGGCAUACAAUGCUUAUAAAAAGUUAAAGAAGGAUCCUGAAAAUGGAAUUGAAGAAGCAGAAUUCAAUUUCGAUAGCACCAUUUUCCCAAAGGAAUAUUAUAUAACUCUAUUUGAGAAUGAUGAAAAAAAGGAUGGUUACUUUUGGAACCCUAAAAAGAAUAAAAAGACGGGGAAAAGGAAUCCGCUUCUAGACAAUAAUGAAAAGCAGAGGAGACACUACAAUGAGGCUUUGAAAAAAAUUACAAACAUUAAAUAUAAAGACCUUUCCCAAUUGAAUGAAUUUAUGGCGAGGAGGAAUGACGGCGAAGUGUCUACUUAUGCGUCCAUGGCGAUGGGAGUGGAUGUUGUCGAGGGGUCCAAUUUGUUCGCGCCUCCUGCACACCCGCACAGGUUGCAUGUUCAGCUUGAGCAAGAGGAGCAGGGGGAGGGGGGAGAAGACGACGAGGUGGUUGAUGAGGAGGACUACUCCGGUGCUCACUUGGACACGACAGGAAUGGGGGCAUACCAGGGUGGAGCGUUUCAGGCGGCAUCACACACCCAUCUUGCUACGACAAACCCAAGUGCAGAUACGACAGCCACAAUGAGCAUGAGAAAUAUUGAUAAUGGCACCCCUCCCAUCCAGGAGAAUGAACAAAGCGAGGAAUGGACCACUCUACAAGGAGUAUACAAUAAAGAAGCGAUUUUCCAACCCGGUUGCUGCAACGUGAUGAGUGAGGAAGAAAACCAUGUAACGUCAAAAGGAUGUUCAGCUCAUGUGUCUUCAAAUUCAUGCUCCACGCAAAACGUGUCCUCCCUCCUUUCGUUAUACUACCUCUCUGAAAAUAUCCUGAAAUUUCAAAAGGGAACCAUCAAGUGUAUUCUGCAAGACCUCAGAGACAACUGCCUUUCCAAUCUGGCCUACGACAUUCAAAAUAUAACCUUUCAGGAGUAUUACAUGGCCAUACAUUACCUGAACAGGUAUGUGGAGGACUCCAACUGCUACGAUGAUAUUUUUUUUCUGUUGAAAAUUUUAGCCAAAAAUUUGGAAAUUCGAAAAAUUCCUAGCUUGUAUAAUGAAGAGGAGCAGAAGGAGUUGCUAAACUCCCUGACCGUUAUCACCAAACAGAUGAAGAGCGGCUACUCGUACUUCACCCCGGACCCUGUCAGGAGUUCCAGUGACGGAGGGGACACGGCAUCCGGCAUGUCGCCCUCCGACCGCUUCUCCGUCAUAUUCCAGUAG